UCUCAGUCUCUCAGAUAUAUAGAUAGAUAUGGCUGGAAAAGGUUCAGUAAAGCUUUUGGGGUCGUCCACGAGUCCAUACGCGAACCGGGUUCAAAUUGCCCUUAAUCUCAAGUCAAUUGAGUAUGAAUUCUUGCAGGAGCAGAUAUACGGAUCAAAGAGUGAACUGCUUCUUAAAUCAAACCCUGUUCAUAAGAAAAUCCCAGUAUUGAUUCAUGAAGAUAAGCCCAUAUGCGAAUCCCUUAUCAUAGUACAGUACAUCGACGAGUACUGGACAUCAGGCCCGUCCAUCCUCCCCGCAGACCCCUAUGAUCGCGCCAUCGCUCGUUUCUGGGCUGCCUAUCUGGAUGACAAAUGGUAUCCUUCUUUUAGAGAGUACCGGUUGGCAGAAGGAGAGGAAGAAAAACUGGGUAUAGUGGAGUUUAUAAAGGGAGGUCUAGUCUUGUUAGAGGAGGCUUUUGUGAAAUCCAGCAAAGGGAAGCCAUUUUUUGGAGGAGACAAUAUUGGGUAUCUGGACAUCGCCUUUGGAAGCUUCAUGGGAUGGUUGAAAGCAGGGGAGAUGAUGACUGGUUUAAAAUUGCUAGAUGAAUCCACCGUACCCGGUCUUGCCUUGUGGGCAGAGAAUUUCCUUGCCCAUGACGCUGUAAAGGGUGUCAUCCUCGACACUCAACACCUCGUCCAGUUGGCCAAAACCAAGCAUGCCCUCGUCGUACCUAACACUUCAAAUUAAUCAACAUUUAAAUAUCCUCCUGUAUUUCAGAAUAAUAACGUGUAGUAUGUCCAUGAUCAUGAU